AGUUCUGAGGUCGACCAGCGGAUCCACAUAUUUCAUUUUCCUCCGCCAUCUAAACGCCAUCCAGCUAGUGGAUUUUAGCAAAGCAAAUGGCAGGAGAUGAUCUUCGCCAAAAAAUCAAAGCGGCCAACGAGUCAGCGGAAACCUUUCGAAUUGUUUUACGUAUCACAGUUGGAUUGCUAAUAUUCACCUUGGUAUUCACACUUCUCAUGUUUCUCCAUUACAAGCGUACAAUUUCGCUAUGGCCAAGCCUUCAUCCUUACCACGUGAUAUUGCCUAAGAAAACAACAACAGUACCCACUACGCCGGAAUUUGAAGCAGAUUGACAGUUAGUGCUCAUGCUUGAGGCUCAAUCAUUGUAAACCAUGUUUGACAUCGUUCAAUAAAAUUGCUUUAUGU